UAGGUUAACCGAUAAAACGGUAGUUUAGAUUUUUUUUUAAAUUUCAUUUAUCUGAAACUGAUAGAACAAAAAAUUUUCAAGUCAUGUAUUAUAAAUUUAUAACGUUCAUACUUCUGAAUACCUGGGUUUCAGUGACAAAUGGACUGGCAAUUAAUCAGCAGUCAAAUGGGGGCCAAAGUAUAUUAUCUACCGUGUUCGUCACCAAAAUAUUCUCAAGUACUAACGAAUUUUAUUUGAACGAAAACGAUUUAUUCGAAAUAGAGUGCACAGGUCUAAAAAAUCUAACAUUUGAUUAUCCUUCCAAAAGAAUGGACAUCAUAUCAUCGCCCAUAGAAAUACAAUAUCAUUAUAUAGAAGGUCGUUAUAAAACAGUAUUAAGACGAAAAAAAACCGUUUUCGGUGACACUGGAUGGUAUAGUUGCCUCGAUCUCGAUAAAUUUAGAAAUAGUCCUUUUAAUAAUCGAUUCAGGAUGGAUUUAACGCCGGAUAAUUACAAGGAUCCUGAUGUCAAAUGGAUUUACGUUUACGUGAAAUCCAAUAAUGUAGCUUUUGUCAAUCCUCUAAACAAAAUGACUAGUUUACGAGCAGAAGUAGGGGAUGAUAUCAGACUUCCAUGUCGUAUAAACUCACCCGAUCACCAAGUGGCCUUUUAUCACGAAUACGAAAGACUUGAAUUAAACGAAAGAUUAUCAUACGACCCGAGGAAAGGACUUUUGAUAAAAAAUAUAACACUAGCGGACUCUGGAUUAUACGACUGUUUUAAUAAUAAAUACUACAACAAAGUCAGUUAUAUUCUCCAUGUCACAAAAAAAUUAGCAGAUCUCUAUAAUCCGGUCAUAAGUAAUUACUCACGGGGUCACUUACUUCCUGGUGACAAAUUGCAAUUGAAUUGUACUGUUGAGAUCACUUAUGGAUUAUCGUAUUCACUUGAAUGGAAAACGCCGCACACGAGUGACAGAAUAUCAUCACACAGCUAUUAUAUAGAAGGGGACUUUGAUUCAUUCAUAAUCGUUAAUCAGUUGACUGUAGAAGGAAUCACUAGCGAGGAUGAGGGCGAAUAUGAAUGCGUGGUUUCUUCUCAUAGAAAAAAAAAUUCGGCAAAAGUAAAUGUUAGGCUCGAAAAAACGGAAUCUAAGAAUGGACAUAAUUGUUUUUGCAAUGAGACAGAAUUGUCUACUGCAAUUGACAAGAUAAAAAAAUCAAUCGUCAGUGAUUUUAAGCUUGGGAUCAAUAAAAUUAUUUCGGGAACUGUCGGAAACUCAGUUACAAAAGUACUUGAGUAUGACUUGGAGUCGAUUCAAUCGAAGCUCGAGUCUGUUUUAAGAUUCGUUGACUCUUUUUGACGCGA